GCGAAUGCCUCCCUGGAAGAAAUGCCGGGCUUUAUCAUCCGUCUCGUGCUCGAUGACACAACAAUAAAGUUUGAACCCUCGCUAGAGGAGUUUGAAAACGUUCUACUUGGUAUGUUCGCACAGAUGAAGAAGGUGAUCGAGGGCAUACCUCGGAUUGAAACCCGCCUUUACACCGAUUGGCAAGCGGCUGGUGGGGACAAUGUCUGCUUGCAUCCCGUGAUUCUGGAGGAAUUUCUUGAAAUGCACAAAAACCGGAUUCUGGCAAUGCUCAAGCGCGAGUCUCGAGGUCCACAGCAACAUUUGUCGCAGUAUGACAAAUAUAACUUCCUGAUAAGUCGUCAGGCCGAAAUGGACAUUGAACGGAUGCUAAAUCCAUCCGAAGAGUUGUCUUCAAAGGCUUCAGGAAAAAGCCAAGAUAACUCGGAAGCUACCGCUCCCAGCGAGGGUGAAGACGAGAUUGGAUCUAUGGAAGAAAAACCAGCAGCAAAAGACGAAGAAGAUGAAGAAGUGUCUGGACCGUCGUUCGAUGAACUCGCCCAAGAAUUGCUCAAGUACAUCCAGCUGACCAAAAAGAUCCAGUACGAGUCAAGGCGUGUCAUCCAACUCGGCCUCUUUGAGGUCCACGCGGACGAUUUGAUUCGUGCCUUGACGAAACGCACUGAAGGGAUUGCAGACAAGUUAUUGGAUAGGAUUCUAGAGGAUCAUCGUUCCAUCAACCGAUCGUAA